AUGGGUUCAACACAUCCUGACGACAGCCAUGCUCUCGUCCUAUACAGACCGCAGGAUUACGAAGUAAUCAUGCGGGACGCACCCGAGAUUGGCACUACCAAUCUCGUUAUUACCAACCCACCUGAUUGGUUAAUCCAGCUGCAUGGACAGAUGGAAGAGACCUAUGAGUCUCUUCGAUCUCUUGCACGCUCAGUGGAUGAGGACCACAGGGACAGCCAAGAUCAGCUCAGCCGGCAGUACCAAGCCUUACAGACGAUGUAUAAUACUGUGGCACAGAUGCACCAGGCUAAUAUAGCGGCCUCGACUGAGCAGAUCACUCAGUUUAAACGACAAGUUGAGCAAUCCAGCUCAGUGUUCUCCCAGAGGGUCUGGGGAACAAUCGCACGCUUCUCCAACAAUGAUGAAGCACGACGAGUAGCGAUCGUCAGACUAGAAGAUGCCGCCCGAAAGCAACACGAGGCUCUUCUAGACCUCCAAGCCCGACAGGAGUCUCAGGAAGAUCUGCUGGGGAAGGUGACGACUUGGGCCACUCAAAAGGAGGGUCAGAUUAAUGACCUCCUGGCUCGAGAAUAUACUGACCCGACGCACAUGGAUGAACGCUCCCGGGAACAGUUGGAGGAACUCCGGGCCUAUACGAAGGCCGCACUAGCCGAGUUUACCUCAAGACUGGCAACUAACCAGCCCAUUUCUGUAAACUCGGUCCUACAGAGUAUUGGGAAGAAGGCAGCAUCAGAGCCCCUUCCUAGUCAACCCCCUCGAAGUCGUCAGUCAACAAUGACGAGGGCACCCCCGUCCAAAUACUCCAGCUCAGAAGCCAGAAUUAGGGGCAUCUUGUCAACACAGACGUUACAGGACGCCCAGGCUAGACAAACCUCGGAAGAUGCCCGUGCUCAGUUUGAAGGAGCACGCACCGGACCCUUUGUCAUGUCAGGAGGAAAUGGACGAGGAUUAGGACCACCUCGUACAUCGGCAGGAGCUCCGGGAGGAAACCCAGGAGACUCUAGCGAUGACGAUGACGACCAGGGACCGCAAGAACGACUACUGCAGGCGUUGGAGAGGCUCACCAGACCCGCUCCCGCAACUAUUAAUCCAGUACACCUGAACAAGCCACCCACGUAUGACGGCAAGGACCUCGCUAAGUUCCGAGCCUGGUGGAUGAAGGUCGAAUCAUAUCUGGAGACCUAUGCGGAGAGCUUCCCCGAGGAUUACGUCCGCAUUAACUGGGUAGGAUCGUUGCUCACAGACAAGGCCCAGCUAUGGCAUCAGCAACGUCUUAACCAAGUUAAGCGGUUCCACCUCGUGGACCAAUGGGCCAGUUACGUGCUGGCCCUACAAGAACGAUUUAAGGACCCUUCAGAGAGACACAGGAACUCAAAAAAGAUGCACGAGCUUAAGUACACAGGAGACGUAGCUCAAUACAUCACCGAGCUCUUGGACCUCAAUGAAGUUGUCCAGUGGUCUGGAACUACCUUCCAGAACCACAUCGCCAAGACCCUUCCCGACGAGAUUACCAAGUUGGUAUACUCUAGACAAGGCAGGAUUCCAGAUAGCGACGAAGAAUUUCUCGCCGCAAUUCAGGAAGCCGGCCAGAUCUACGAGAACAUGCUAACCAACCCGGGACUCUCGACGGCAAAAGGAGGGCCCGCUUUGACAACGGAGCACUCAAAGUCGGGCCAGCAGAACCGUGGCAAGGAAACCCGCUCCAAUCCAGGCCAAGAUCGAUCCUCAAAAGGCGAGGAUCGGUCCAAAUCUACCGGCAAGCCAAAGUCCGAUUCCAAGAAUAACCGAUGGGCCUCAAAUAAAGAAGCUCUUCAAGGAAUUGACCAGGCAGACAUUGAUCAGCGCAAAAAAGACAAGAAGGCAUGCUGGCGGUGUGGACGCAACACUCACGGCACUCUUGCUUGCUUCGCUAAGAAAGAUGUCAAUGAUAAAGAAUUGCCAGUACCCCCGGAUCGCAAAGUUUCCUCAGCCAAGCGAAAACAUAGCAAUGACGAGCAACCAGCCCCCUCACCUGCAAAAAAAGCCAAGAUAGAUGCAGUGAUGAGAGAAACUGGCCGACCUCGCCUUAUUACCGAAAUCAGCGAUGAUGAUUCGGAUUUUUAG